GCGCUGAGCUCCGGCCCUUUAACGAAUCUCCGGGCCACGUAGAGCCGGAUUUCAGCUGAUGCUGAUAGGAAAGGAAUGAAAACAUCAGCGCUGGCUGUGCUGACGGAGCUCCCAGGCUGACAGUGAGCGUGACUGGAUCCCGAUUCAGUAAAGAAAAAUGCCUUCGAGAGAUUUUUAUUCCGCUCUUCAGUGAAAAUAAGACACGUCAGCCCUCAGGAUGUCUUGGUUUGCUGAUUUGGCUGGCCGAGCGGAGGACUUCUUGAAUAAAGUGGACCAAGGAGCAGCCACGGCUCUGACUAAACAUUCAACCCAAAAAUCCUCUCUGUCGUCCUACAACCCGGCGGAUCUAGUCGACUCAUCUCAGCAGAGUUCAGCAGCCUAUGCAGCUUCUUAUGAACCCCCACAUGGAUACACUGGUUCAUCCUCCAGCCAGGAGACACCUGGCUUCAUCUCUGCAGCAGCAGGGAACAUUAAGAAAUCCAAAGCCACCGUGCUGGCUGGAACAGCCAACGUGUCCAACGUGACUCAUCUGGGCUCCGCCCCCACCGGCAGUGGCAGCGGAGCCGUUCGAGCCUCCUCCGGCUUCGUCAGGCCCAAGAAGCCAGAGGUGGACGAUGAUCUCCUGUUUGACUUCCUGAACAGCUCAGAUCCACCACAGAGCGAAAGGAGGGAGGUCAGGAGAGACGGAGCGUCCAAAGCGGUGGGUCUGGCUGAAGGUCUGGCUCAGGGCCAGGUAACGUCUGGAUCGGUAGCUGCAGCUCCGCAGUCGACUCCCUCGGCCCCGGCCACCCCUCCCUCCAUGCGGGGUCUGUCUCGAAACUCCAGCCUCAGCUCGCUCAGCGCCAGCACACACAGCGCCAAGACCGAGGAUGGCUCCGCUCGAGACUUCAGCCAAGGAGAUACUCCAGAGAGCUCUGACUCUGGGGUUGCUGCCCCUCUGGACCCCCCUGCCACAGUAGACUCUGCAGCCCCGGAGGAGCAGGUUGGGCAAGUGAUGUCCAGCCUACGUCUGGAGAACCAACUCCUGCGCAACGAAGUGUCCUCACUCAACCAGGAGAUGGCCUCCCUUAUCCAGAGAGCAAAGGACACACAGGAGGAGUUGAACCAGGCUCGGACUCGUGCUGAAAAAUGGAACACGGACCAGUCCCGCACUGAUCGCACCGUCAGGGAGCUGCGGGCACAGGUUGAUGACCUCACAGAGGCCCUGUCAGCAAAGGACGCUCAGCUGGCCAUCCUGAAAGUCAGACUGGACGAGGCAGAUCAGUUACUGAAGGCGCGGAGCUGUGCUCUGGAAGAGGCCCAGAAUGAGAGGAGUAGGAUCCUGCAGGAUCACAGCGAGGGCAACAGCCUGCACUCUCAGGCUCUGCAGACGCUACAGGACCGGCUUAGAGAGGCUGAUGUGGCCCUCAAGAGAGAACAAGACAGCUACAGACAGAUGCAGAGCGAGUUUGCAGCGCGGCUGGCGAAGAUGGAGGCGGAGCGGCAGACAUUAGCAGAGUCGCUGAAGAGUACAGAGCGCAGAGUGACGGAGGAGAAGCAGAGAAUGGAGGAGCUCCAGCAGCAGGCCAAAAGUGCUCGGGCUGCUGCAGACUACGCCAAACAGGAGCUGCAGGACUACAAAAACAAAGCCUCUCGCAUCCUGCAGUCCAAGGAGAAGCUGAUCAGCAGUCUCAAGGAAAGCUCAGGCUUGGAGGUGCUGGACGGAGGAGGAGCAGCAGGAGUGGAACUGGAGGAGUUACGGCACGAGAAGGAGCUCCAGAAAGAGGAGAUCCAGAAAUUACAGGCUCAGAUACAGACCUUGCGUUUAGAGAUACAGGAGCUGGAGAGCCAGGCUAUGGUGGAGGCUGAAAGUUGGAGGGAGCAGCAGCAGGAGGUGCAGGAACAACUUGCUCAACAGAGCAGAGCCAAACAAGAGGUGCAGGCAGAACUGGAACGCUGCAAGCAGGAGCUGCAGUAUGUGGAGGAGGAACACCAUCGUACUAAAAGCACACUGCAGAGUCGCAUCAAGGACAGAGAGGACGAGAUCCAGAAGCUCAGGAACCAGCUGACCAAUAAGGCUCUGAGCAACAGCAGCCAGGCGGAGCUGGAGGGGCGCCUGCACCAGCUGACAGAGACGCUGAUUCAGAAGCAGACGAUGCUGGAGGCUCUGGGCACUGAGAAAAGCUCGCUCAUCUUCCAGCUCGAACGACUGGAACAACAGCUCAAGAGCGUCCAGGGAGGCCAGAACAGUGGCCCGCACAUCAACAUGGCUGCUAUGGAGGGACCAGGUGCGAGGCAGAGAAGCACCCCGGUUCUGUUCAGUGAUCAGGACAGCUCGGCGACGGGAGUGUACGGGAAAGUGCGCAAAGCAGCCAGCACCAUAGAUCGCUUCAGUAUCCGGUUAGGGAUCUUUCUCAGACGGUACCCCGCUGCCAGAGUCUUUGUAAUCGUUUAUAUGGCACUGCUGCACCUCUGGGUUAUGAUCGUUCUGUUGACGUACACACCGGAGAUGCAUCCACAAGGAUCGCAUCCUGAAGGCAGAUAGAAGAAUAUGAAUUUAAUAUGUAUAUUGAAUAUGUAUCGAAUGCUCUACAUGUACAGAAGGAAAAGAAAUCUAUGAAUCUAUACAAGCUGUCAGCAGCUGGACGGUGGCUCAUGUGUGCAAUCUGUCUGAACUGGUACGGGCCAUUUGCACAGGUGUUCUGUGGGGAAGUUUUAUGAUUCUCUCUCUCUCUCUCUCUUCUCUCUCUCUCUCUCUCUCUCUCUCUCUCUCUCUGUCUCUCCCCCUCUCCUUCAAUAUUCCAUUUUAUUUUUCCUCCUUCCCUCUGUCUGCCUUUUUCCUGAUCUGUGGGGGAAAAAGUGAAGCGUCAAAACAUCAAGUGAGAGACUUUUGGGUUUUAUUUAAUGAAGACUGUCUGUGGUGAAUGAUUUCACUUGGUUUUAAUCAUGGGUGGCUAUUUUUGUUACAGUUCCAUACAUCGCAUUUCUUAUUUCUCCGUUCUGAUUUAUUUUAAUAAACAUUAACACAGUGACAAAACCCA